UUACAACGUGACUCCAGCGCGCUACGUCAUUACGUACUCACCCCAGGACCAAUCAGAGCGCAGCGGGGCGUAGAGCGGUCUCUCGCCGGGUAAAAGGAUUUGACAGAUGCGAGUCUUGAAGCCGAUUCCCCUCCUGACUUCCUCAGUGGGACCGACAGCAUGGCGGCGGCUGCCUGCGGACAGCAGGGUGCCGCGAUAACGGCCGCCGGGAGCAGCAAAAAGCCGCUCAGUACCAGGGAAUUCAACCGGAGGAACCGGGAGAACUCUCGUCGAAGACAAGCCGCUCUUUUGUUCCUCACCAACAUCUCCCUAGACGGGCGCCCGGUCCAGAGCAGCUCAUCCGAGGACGGCGGCAUCCGCCACAAAGAGACGGACUUUGAGGGAACCAACGAAGCAGGAGCAGCGGGCGACCUCUGCCCGGAGACCGGACACAACGGAAGCUACGGGACAUUCCCCAGUUUGUCGGUAUCCGUCAGCUGCGGGAAUGUCACUCCCAGCCCGGCGUCGAGAGCGGGGCUCCCUGUACCGCCUAUCCUCGUCCUUCCGUCCGACGCGGGGUUCAACGAUGCGGGGAGCGCGGAUGUGUUCCUGGGCGGCCGCCGAGGCUCCUUCCCGUCUCCGGGAAACACCAACCUGCUCUCCCCGUCCCACUCCAACUCCAGCCUGCUCCCGUCUCCGCUGGGUCCGCGGAAGUCGUCCACGCUGCUGUCGGUUCAGAGCUGUAACUCCGUGUCUUCGGAGCCCAGACACAGAACCCGAAACCUUUCUGGCGGAUCUCCCAGACCGCGACAAACGAAGAAGAUCCACUUCAUCAAAAACAUGAAGCAGUACGACACCAGAGGCAGCAGGAUCGUGCUCAUCUGCGCUAAGAGGUCUCUGUGUGCUGCCUUCUCUGUCCUACCAUACGGAGAGAGCUUCUACCUCAGUGACCCCACGCUGAACCACCCCAGGAGAAGACACUCGUCGGGGAACAUCUCCACCACCUUAGAGAUGCUGCCGGGGCUCGAGGGUUUCCACCUGGACCCUUACGGCAGGUCGGUGUCGUACGCCCAGUUCCUGUACCCCACGAAUGCUCUCGUGAGGCAGAAGCCAACAUCAGCCAGCGACCUGACUCUGCAGAUCCCCGUGUCCAGGAGCACGCACAGCAUGCCGGGCAGGAGCUGCCCUCCCAGCCGCCUGAACAGCACCGUGGGGCUGGACCUGGGUGUGGAAGAUGUGACGGAUUACAACCCCAACCUGCUCAGCGACCCACAGUGGCCUUGUGGGAAACACAAACGGGUGCUCAUCUUUGCCUCCUACAUGACGACAGUCAUCGAAUACGUCAAACCCUCUGAUCUGAAGAAAGACAUGAACGAGACUUUUAAGGAGAAGUUUCCUCACGUUAAGCUCACUCUCAGCAAAAUCCGCAGCCUGAAGAGGGAGAUGAAGGCGAUCGGGGAGGACUGUGGUCUGCAGCCCGUCACUGUUGCCAUGGCGUUUGUCUACUUUGAGAAGCUGGUGCUGCAGGGGCGACUCAAUAAGUCCAACAGGAAACUGGUUUCAGCUGCCUGCAUCCUGCUGGCUGCUAAGAUCAGCAGCGACCUGAAGAAGCAGGAGGUCAAACACCUCAUCGAUAAGCUGGAGGAGCGUUUCAGGAUCAGCAGGAAGGAGCUGAUCUUCUUUGAGUUCACCAUCCUGGUGGCCCUGGAGAUGGCGCUCUACCUCCCCGAGAGCCACGUCAUGCCGCAUUACAGGCGGCUGCUGCAGCAGCAGCAGUGAUGCCGCUUCAACCCUGCAGACAUUCAGCACCUUCCCACACCAAAACUGUGAUGAACGUCACGACGCCUUGCUCCGAGGCUUCCAUUGGCGCCGCAUCCUUCUGGCUCCACGGUGGAGUCCAGCUGCGUCUGGAGGUCCACCGGCACGUCUUUGGGUCAGAAAGUUCCCUGUUUUCUGUCUGGAUGAGUUUCUUCAGCUGAGAGGAGCUGCAGUUCCUUCUUUUGUGAAAAGUUUCCAGUUCCACAGCCGAUCAUGUAGCAAACAUCAGGAACCCCUCGAGCAAACGGAAGCUUUCAGCUUCGAUAUGAAGCAGACAGCAGAGGUGAGAUGGACGUCCAGUCAACACUAACAGCAGUUCAAACCUCAUUUUGAGUUCAACGACAAUCACAGAAGCAACUACAGUUUGUGAGCAUCCGACAAUCAUUCGUCUGACUGACUCCCUCCUUCCUCCUUCCUCAUGUUAGCAUGAUGAAGAGGAGUCUUCCUCCCAGCUGUGAUCAUUAACUGACUGUGGAGGAGGAGCUUAACGUCUGGAUGAAUAACAGAACUACAACUACAAGGAAUUAUGGAUCUUUAAUGGAUCAUGAUCUGCAGGGAUGAUUAUGAGGGAAGAAAUGUUAAACAUGUCUGUUUAAAAGUCUCAGGCCUCUUGUUUCUGAUGUUUUGUUGUCAAUGAGUUUAUUUUUAACAGUGACAUUAGUUUUUGAGUUUUUCCAUACACCGUCGCUGCUGCUUUUUCACUCGUUUUCAUUCCAGUUUUUGAAGCUGAUCGUUUUCAGGUUUGUGACCUUGAAUGAUUCAAAGGUCAGAGUUGGGAGGCUGGAAGAGUAAAGCAACAGAAAAACCUGAUCAGUUCAGAUCAGCACCUCCACAAAAGCACGGAUACUGAGGGACCGAGGAGGAGUCUGCUUGCAGAUUGGGGCUGGAGCGCCAUUCAGUGGACUCUGAUGGAAAUGCAUCUAAAGUGGAUGUAUCUGAACAACAAUUCCUUCAAGUUUUCAUUGUGUACUUUCAACUUUAAAACUGCUAUCAAAUUUUAUUUUAUUUUUUUAACUUACAGUUCCUCUUAUUUUUCAUGUACUUAGAACUGAUCCAGAUUUGACCCCAAAUUUCAUCUCCUUCCAUUUUUCCGACCUACUAACAUGUGACUUUGAGACGGUCCUUUUAGUGAUCACACUAGAAUUCCCUGAACGCCGCUCUGGUUCUCCUCUGCAAGCCGGCCUUGGCCCGGUUCAUGUAGUUCUUCCCGGUCACGCCAGCAAAAACAACCGUUUUUUUCAGGGUAAACAAAGUCUUCCAACAGCACAGCUGCAGGUAACUGUAGCAAACCCAAACAAAUAUGACUAGUUUCAUUUUUACACAUAUGUCAAAGUUGUUUUCUGAAGAGGUGGAGAUGCCCAUGAUCUCCUUCUUCUCGUGAUAGCGGGAACUCAUCGUUUAAGUGCCUUUUGUCGUUCGUGUCGGCUGCAGAGCGGCUCCUGCGUGACAGAGUCCAAGCGGCAGCUCCACUUCCAUCCGUCUUCAGCGCUGCUGCUGCUCAGAGAACAUUAUCAGAUGGAAACAGACGACAAAAUGACUUUUAUCCUCUGUCAACUUCACUAACAUGAAGUCACAAAAAACACUGUCAGCUCAGAAUCCCGGUAAUGCUGCCCCCUAGUGUCCAUCCGAAGGACUUGAUCACUCGUCUGCUAUUUACAGACACUGGAACACAAGCAGCUUGUCAACGUACAGAAAGAUCUCCAUGAGGUGCUUUUUCUUUCUUUUUUUCUGUAGCAAAGCAAUAACUUUCCUUAUUUAUUAUUGUAUCAAGAAUAUUUAAUCAAACCGAGGUUUACAUCCGAGGUUUUGUUGGAGGAAAACUCCAGCACUUCCUGUAGAGCCUCGGUUGUUUUUGCACUUUGCCUUUAGUGUCACCAAAACCUUUUUUUCUUUUUUUAUAUCACUUAGUAAUAUUUACUACAUUUCAAGUAUGUCGUUGUAACGUUGUGCAUUUCAAAGGGAUGUGUCACUGAAAUGUAUUUAGUCUGAGUCUGACGUGGAGAAACUUUAGGUUUUAGUGUAAAUCCCGCCUCUUUUUUAUUUUAGAUGUUAGUUCCUCCAGGCAUGUGUGGAAGGAAACGUGUUUUCAGCUCAGGUCUGUCUGCUCUGUCGCUGUGGAGUUCUGCAGCUUCAUCCUGAGAAUGAUCCAAGGGUUUGAGGCGACACUAUUAUCCUCUCGUGCUGAUCACCGUCUGUCAACAGCUCUUCUUCGUGCUUUGUUGCUUUUCCGUUGUUGUAUGAUGUAGAUGUGAGUUGUUGGUGAUUGUUCUGUCAGUUCAGUGAUGAGUCUCAGCAGGUGAAAUGCGGUUCUGUGGGUUUUUCACCACUUUACGUUAGCAUCUUUCACCUCUGUCGUCCCUCAAAAUUGUGGUUGUUGGAGGUUAUAGUUCAGGGGUGUCCAAAGUCGGUCCUUUAUGGUUGGACUCCUGCUGGUUUUCCAGAAAUUCUGCCUUAUCUGCUGCUGAUUACCUGGAUCAGGUGUGUUUGGCCAAUAAGGAGCUUCAAUGGAGGUUGGUUGGAAAACAUGUAGGACACCAGCCCUCGAGGACCGACUUUGGACACUCCUGAUUUAGUUGUUCUGAUUGGUUAGGACCAUCACCUCAGAGCAAUAAGGUUCCUGAGUAAAAAGUCCAGCUGGCUUUUCUGUCUGGAGUUUGCAGGUUUUCUUCUUCCAGAACUUUCCUUCCCACAGUCCAAAAACAUGACUCAGUGGUUCAUAGGUGACUCUUAAGCUACGUUCACACCACCGUUGGCAACACGCCUUCAUACGAUCACUUCCAGGGAAGAGUCUCUGUAGACCAUGGGGCCUGGCUGUCAGUCAAAACGCCACGCUCCGGUUUGUGUAACACUUUAGUGUCGGACAUAAAUCAAAGUGAGGUUAUUGUCCUGGUGCAGUAAUAAUAAGUCAAAUGUGCUUCAGCGCGGAAGUCAAGCUUUGGAGUUAUCUUUUACUUCCAGGCUGAAAACCAUAAAACACGAGAUGUUAGAGUCCGUUGCAGUUCAUCAAGUAACCACUGGAGGCGUGGUAAAUCAAAAAUGCAGUUUUUUCUGAGAAUUAAUUUAAGUUCUUUAUUUUUUUAGAGAAUGUUAUUCAGUGAGUUUGUCAUCUGUUGACUUGUUUUUGGAAAGAUGGAUAACCACAAAGCAGAAAAAACAGUCAGUCACAUGACCAGUCAGUCACAUGACCAGACCCCCAUCCUCAAUCAAACCGUUUUCUUUAUAAACAUUUCUCCUUAAAUAGAUUUAAAAAAAGAAAUAACAACUAGUUAACCUUAAACUGUGAUGACAGAAGAACCAACACAUGAUUCAUUCUCUACAUUAGAGAUUUCUGAUGUUUAUUCUAUGCAGCUUUUAUUCUGUCAGCUGACCCGUUUCCUCCUGUCUUCUUGUUUACCUGUUUGGUUUACCCAUCACUCUUAUUUAUCAUUUUCUAUCAAGAUUUCCCCGUUUGAGCACUGUGAACACUGUAAAGGGAAAUAUGUGUGUCUUCCUUCUGUAAUGACUUAGAUUUUAAUUUAAAUGUGUUGAAAGUGGAUCUUUAUAGGAUGUUUUUGUACUUAUUCUUCAGACAGCAUUGACUGCAGCGCCACCUGAUGGGAAAACGAGGAAAUGUUUUCAUCGUUCUCAUGCAGAAGCAACAGUUCCACGUUUGAUUGUUUCAGCCCGCUGUCAGUGUGAUACUCUGACGCUGAGUGAAAGAAGCCUUUUUGUGAAAGGAAAAGACCAGAUACUGUUCAACAUGUCAAUGUUCAACAUGAAGUUUUUUAUUAAAAUGUGUCAACCACA